AUGGCCGCUCCAAUUCGAUCCACUAUAGGCCGCUCCGGCCGGCCUUGUGUUGCCUCUAUUCGCAACCUCUCCAACGCCCAUCCAGCAAAGGCACAGGUCCAGCCCAUAACUGUUCGUGAGCCAAACAUUUCUUCGCCAACUUCCGAUGCUAGCCAACACACGAAUUGUAUAAGGCGAAAUGCCUUGUCAACAACAUAUUUUGAUGCGACAGGCAUCCGGUUUGUUGGAUCUGGCAAUGACGGGUCAAAGGAUCCCAAUAAGGCAAAGCUAGGUAAAACUUUGCGAGUUCUUCAGGAAAGAUUACCGACCCUGCUUCUGCACCCUCUACCGCACGACAUCCUUGCGCCAAACAUCGCCCUUCAUCUCUUCCCUUCGACACACCCUCACUUACCGACCGUCUCCGGUCGAGUCGCCUACAAUGCCGCUCUCUGGACCUCACCUCUAGCUUGGAACCGUGUUCCCAUCCUCGGCAACGUUUGUAUCGAGGUUCUUGCAGAGCGCAUGACAACCGAGCCCCUCACGUUCCUACCCCGCCGUGCUGGAGCUAUACCAGAGCAGCUUGUUGUCCGCUGGUGCGAGAAGCGAAAGGGCUCUUACACUUCUAGCCCUUUGAAUCGUGGCGUCAUUGCACGCUCGCUACCGUUUGGUCGAGGAGUCGAUCCAGACAAGGCCUUCACAGGACUAUUUGUCUUCGAUUUCGAUUCCGAGGGACGAAUUCUGAGCCACACGAUUGAACAGGCGCAAGCAGGUGGCGAUUGGGAAGCUGGAGUUGGUGCAAAGGUCGUUGGCCUAACCGAUUGGCUUCUUGGGGGAUGCAAGGAUCCCGGUACUCCCAUACCAAUGUUUGAGCGAGUACGAAGACGACGGUCCAUCUAA